UUUGGGUAGCAUUGCUCCAACUCGAAAUUGACCUCCGAGCCCCGGCCCCGGCCUAUAAUUCCUUGAAGCCUUCGCCUUCCAGGGGAGUUCGAUAACGGAGAAAAACCCCGGGGGUCGAAGGAUUGGAGCCAGACCUCUCCUUCUUCUUCUUGUCGGGUUCACACUUUUGAGUGGCCGCCAAUGGCUUCCAAGAGGAUUCUGAAGGAAUUGAAGGACUUGCAGAAGGAUCCUCCCACAUCUUGCAGCGCUGGCCCCGUAGCUGAGGACAUGUUCCAUUGGCAAGCGACUAUCAUGGGACCUGCUGACAGCCCAUUUGCAGGUGGUGUGUUUCUUGUGACAAUUCAUUUCCCACCAGAUUACCCUUUCAAGCCACCCAAGGUUUCCUUCCGUACCAAGGUCUUUCAUCCAAAUAUCAACAGCAAUGGUAGCAUUUGCCUUGACAUUCUCAAGGAGCAGUGGAGCCCAGCUCUCACUAUAUCAAAGGUACUGUUGUCCAUUUGUUCACUUCUGACGGAUCCCAACCCAGAUGACCCGCUCGUUCCAGAGAUUGCUCAUAUGUACAAGACUGAUAGAGCCAAGUAUGAGUCCACCGCCCGCUCCUGGACACAGAAGUAUGCCAUGGGUUAAAGGCCUUUCUGUGCCUUAUAUAUAAAUACUGUCUUUUAUCUUUCUGGCACUAAAUAAGGAUAGAAGAAUGCUCAUAUCUACUGUUGUUAUCUGGUCGUUUAGCGUGUGGUUAAGAAUGUGUGUCCUUGUGUAUGAGGUUGUAAUUUUCUUUUUAAAGUUUAAACUGGAGCCGAUUCAAAACUCGUUUGUGGUUUUCGUUUGCAGCACUCUAUUAAUAAAGUUGUGUAGGUGUCUAAGGGCUCUGUGGUCCUCUAUGGUUAAAUGUAAAAUAACAUUACAUUCUUGCAGAUGUUACCAUUUUCGUCGCUCUGUAA